UUUGAUAUCCGGCACGAUUAAGGGCCGCUUAUCCCUGCAGCGUUAUCAAUUUGCAAUGUUUCUAAUGUAGUGUCAGGACGGACCCUGAGAUGUUGAUAUAAGCAUUGUCCCGCCAGGCAGUCAUGUAAUCUAUACCUGAAUUUCAAACGUUUCGCGGUCGUCAGAAUGGGCCAUCUAGCUGUGGUCGAGCUCGUGGUUGGUGCGGUCGGGACUGGAGCGGUCGCCGCAAUGACAUUGCCUGGCGUCGUAAACCUCCGUAAGAGUGCUUGGAGUCUGCGCAAGGACUAUGAGCAGGUGGAUGCUCUCUAUGAAGAUCAGGAUGGUGUCGCAACCGAGAAAUCGCAGGCCGCCUUUUCCGACAAAAUCCCCAAAUUGUUCGUAUAUUUGUCCUCCGUGCUUGGUAGCUCGGUCACAUUAGCCUCCGCCUUAUGGGCAACUCUUAACCCCGAGAAAUCGCUCCUCAUAUGGAAUUGGUUGCAGUUUGGAGCCUGGAUGCUCCUGAUCUUGCAGGCAGCCAGCUUUGCUUUAGAAAAGGAUUCGGUCAAAAGAUUUCGUGUCAGCUGUUACGGCGCCGUAUCUAGUUUCGUCUUGUUUCUGGCCAUUGCUGUUGUCAAUUUGCUUCAUUUCUCGAAAACUGGAUCGACAGCAAAGGAGAGCGCAGUCCACAUCGGCCUGCAAAUUGGUAGCGCCUUUGCUACUCUGGUUCUGCUCUUUGCUUAUCUCUUCAUCCCCCGCCGUGCCGAUGUUUACUAUAAUGGCCGGAUCGUCGACCGUCAAUAUUCUGCUACGGCAAUCGAGCGACUCACCUACGGAUGGGCUCAACAUGUGCUCGAUUAUGCGGGAAAGAAUAAGGACAUGAAAAUUGAGGAGAUACCUAACGUGGAUUACCUAACAAGAUCAGAAAAUCUCCAGCAAUUUUUCUUUGCUGUGCAAAAAGGCGGUCGACUUGGAUACCGCCUUCUAUACGCUCAUGCCAAUGCCUUUUUGUGGCAGACAGCCUACACUAUCAUUCAGUGCUUCCUUCAAUUCGGCCCUCAAGUAGCCAUGUAUCGUAUUCUGAAGUACCUGGAAGCUCGAGCUGAAGGGCCUGUAUCCGCUGUGGAAGGUUGGGCUUAUGUACUGGGUCUGUUCCUAACAAUGGCCCUCAGUGGAUGGUUCGAUCAGCGCAUGUUUUGGGUUAGCUGGAGUCGACUGGCCAUUCCACUUCGUAUGCAACUAUCUGCAUUGGUCUUCUUAAAGGCCAUGAAACGGAAAGAUGCUAAAGGAGUGGAGAAAGCGUCGAUAAAGGGUGAUAAGUCAGUUGAUGGCGCAUCUGACGCGGGUGACUCGAAAAAAGAAUCCCCCGAAGAGGAUGAUCUCCUACAGAAGACACAGCAAAGUACCAUCAAUCUCAUCGGUAUUGAUGCGAAGCGCGUAGGGGAGUUCUGCGCCUGGAAUAAUUAUAUUUUUGGAAGUGUCUUGAGAUUGGCCAUUGCCUUGACUUUUCUUCAACGCCUUAUCGGGUGGCCAAGUCUUCUGGCAGGUCUCGCUUUCAACAUUCUCACAUUGCCUUUCAAUAUAUGGGCUUCAAAGAGAUAUGGAGUGGCUCAGGAUGUCCUCAUGAAGAGCAGAGAUCGUAAAAUGGGAGUAAUUACGGAAGCCUUACGUGGUAUCAGGCAGAUCAAGUUUUCGGCACUUGAACGACAAUGGCAGGAUAAGAUUGGUGAAGUUCGAGAACAAGAACUAAAAAGUCAAUGGGCUUGCUUCAUGGCAGAUUCGGUUGUGAUGGCUUGUUGGAUCGUUACGCCCAUUAUGCUGUCUGCUGUAUCUCUUUCGACCUACGCAUUGCUUCAUGGUGGCUUGGCGCCUUCGAAAGCAUUUACCACACUCGCCGUGUUUGCAAAUCUAGAGGUUACGCUCUCUGUGAUUCCUCCGCUGAUCGCAGAAUCCUUCGACGCUUGGAUCAGUCUAUGCCGAAUCGAGAAGUUUCUCAAUUCACCCGAAAAGGAGGAUAGGACUGUGGACGCAGAAGAGAUUGCAUUUGAAGGCGCAUCAGUGGCUUGGCCAGCAGAUGAGGAUGUCUCCGGUGACGAAAGAUUCACACUGCCCAAUCUCAACCUUCGCUUCCCUAGCAAGGAACUCAGCGUGAUCUGUGGAGCUACGGGAUCGGGAAAGAGUCUACUCCUCGCUUCAGUCCUAGGUGAAGUGGACAUUCUCGCUGGCGUUGUCAAGAUCCCAAAGGCACAUCCGGCAGAGAAGCGUUUCGACCACAAAGCCAAUUCGGACAAUUGGAUCAUCGAUUCAUGCGUUGCCUAUGUGGCGCAAACUCCGUGGAUUGAGAAUGCCUCUGUGAAGAACAAUAUCCUAUUCGGCUUACCAUAUGAUUCGAAGCGUUACAAAAAGGUUCUGCAUGCAUGCGCGUUGGUCAAAGAUUUGGAGAUGCUCGAAGACGGCGAAAACACCGAAAUUGGCGCUAAUGGUAUCAACUUGAGCGGUGGUCAACGCUGGCGUUUAUCCUUUGCAAGAGCAUUGUAUUCUCGCGCAGGCAUCCUCGUUCUUGACGACAUUUUUAGUGCGGUCGAUGCUCAUGUUGGCCGACAUAUUUUUGAGCUCGGGUUGACCGGCGAACUUGGAAAUGGUAGGACCCGACUUCUAGUCACUCAUCACGUUGGGCUUUGUUUGCCCAAAGCAGUUUAUUUGGUAGCUUUGAAUCAAGAAGGUACUGUGCAGCAUGCUGGUCUAGUCGAGGAACUACGCCGAAGCGGUAGCCUGUCUAGUAUCAUGGAACGAAAGGACAAUGUUUCCGAGGAAGAGGACAAGGACUCCGUUAUUGAAGACGCUGAUGUCAAGGAUAAGAUUGCCCCGCAACCGGACGUUCCUGUACAAUUUGAUGAUACCAACCCGGAAGACGCCGCAGACGCCAACAUUGCUGCCAAGGCGGCGGCGAAAAAAUUUGUUCAAGAUGAGGCAAAGGAAAGCGGACGUGUCAAAUGGAAGGUCUACGGGGGCUAUCUGAAGUAUACAGGCGGAGUAUUGUUCUGGGUCAUGGCCCUCUUACUAUUUAUGAUCUAUCAAGCAACCCUACUUGCAAAAUCAUGGUGGAUCAAAAUCUGGAGCAGUACAUAUGAAACCGAGGCGAUUAGCUUCCAGCAUGUUGCCAUGCGAAUCCAGACAGUCCCAAUAUCGUUAAAGAAGGCGGCGUCUCCAUCGACUGACAACGAUUUGGUCUACUACAUGGGCGUAUAUGUCGGUAUAUCGAUCUUUGUUUGCAUAUUAGGUACUGUCCGUUAUAUUUGGCUAUACUGGGGUUCCAUCAGAGGGUCUCGCAUUCUGUCAGAUCGAAUGACACAUAUGGUGCUCAGAGCACCAUUGAGAUGGCUGGACACCGUACCAGUUGGCCGUAUUCUGAACCGAUUCACUGCCGACUUUACCGUUAUUGAUUCAAACAUGUCAAUGGAGCUUGGCAACUUUCUCUACAAUGCGCUCAUGGUUGUCGGCAGCCUUGUUGCUGGUUUGUUUGUAUCUCCAUAUAUGAUAAUCUUUGCAGUCAUCUUGCAGUUCACUUGCUGGAGAGUUGCCUCCAUGUUCUUAGGAGGCGCACGAGAGAUCAAGCGCCUUGAAUCAAAUGCAAAAAGCCCCAUUUUCGAACAUUUUGGAGCUGCUCUAGGUGGUCUCUCCACAAUUCGAGCAUUUGACAAGACCCAUGACUAUAUAAGUACUAUGUUUGAGAGAAUUGACAACCAUGGUGCCGCUUUCUGGUACAUCUUCAUGCUCAACCGGUGGCUUUCUCUCCGCUUGUCAUUCAUUGGAGCCAUAUUCUGUGCCAUAGUCUCCGGUAUCAUUGUCGGAUCAAAGUCAAUCGAUGCGGCACUUGCUGGGUUCGCCCUGCAAUUCGGGUUAGAAUAUUCUGAGUGCAUUUCCUGGGCCUUGCGCAUGUAUGCGAAUGUUGAGCUUGGAAUGAAUGCGGCGGAGCGUAUUCUCGAGUACACCGAGAUCAAAACCGAGAAUCAAGGUGGAGAGUCCGCUCCUGCUGCAUGGCCAUCCGAGGGUCGACUGGUUGUCAAAAACCUUGUGGCAGGCUACGCAGAGGAUCUUCCUCCCGUGCUUAAGGGCCUUUCCUUUGAAGUUGAGGCGAACAAACGCAUCGGGGUCGUCGGGCGAACUGGCGCUGGAAAAUCAUCACUCACGCUUGCGUUGUUCCGUUUCUUGGAGGCCCGCAAGGGAAGCAUUACCAUUGACGGCAUUGACAUUUACACGCUCAAGCUGCACGAACUUCGAAGUCGACUUGCUAUCAUUCCGCAGGACCCUGUACUUUUCUCCGGUACCGUCCGGUCCAACCUCGAUCCAUUUGACCAGUACGAGGAUUAUCAACUCCGGGAUGCACUCGAACGAGCCCAUCUUAUCAAGGCCGAGCGCAGUGGACAAGUCACCCCUGGCUUGAGUCAAGAACCUGCCAAUGCCAAUAUCUUUGAAGACCUAAGCUCUGCCAUUUCCGAGGGUGGGCACAGUUUGUCUCAGGGUCAAAGACAGCUCCUCUGCCUUGCUCGUGCCAUCGUUUCUCGGCCCAAGAUUAUGGUCUUGGACGAAGCCACCUCUGCAGUCGACAUGGAUACCGAUGCGCUGAUUCAGCAAUCCAUUCGAGAAGAAUUCAACGACAGUACGCUCAUCGUUAUUGCUCAUCGACUCAGCACCAUCGCUGAUUUUGACAAGAUCCUUGUCAUGAGCGAUGGCCGUGUAGAAGAGUAUGACGAGCCGCACAAAUUGAUGGAACAGAAAGGCGACUUUUACAGAAUGGUCAAUGAGAGUGGCGAAAAGGAAAAAUUAGAAGCUAUCAUUGCUAAUAAGGCAAAGGCUUCGUCGUAAGGGUCAUUGCAAGGGCUGAUGACUCAGACUUUCUGUUCAGAAAAAUUCAUGUUACUCAUAUUUGAUCUUGAAACUGUCUAGGAGCUUUCGAUAUUCUGAUUCCUUCUUCUGUUGGCGAUGAGCGACAAAAAUAGCGUUGAUUUUAUUUCUUUCCUCUUCUUUUCAAUUUCCUUUUCUCCUUUUUUCUGGAUGUAGAUGUUUGUUUUAGAUUGCGUUAUCUCUUGUUUUUCUUAUCCUCUACUGUGGUUUUCACUUCCUUUUUCUUUAUACGCUUCCAAACCUUGGAUAUUCAGACGAAUAUCUCUCUCAAGGUAGUCACUCAUUAGAUCUGCACAUAU